AUGAAUUUGAUAAUUUUAUCAUAUUUAGGCUAUGCAAUCUUGGCCCUCAUAGCUUAUCUUGUAAUAGCACCAAUACCAAAGCUCUUGUACUACAAGAUUAAGUAUGGAUCAGCAGUGGACAUCUAUUACUUUCCAAUAAUUGGACUUAUAGGACAAAUCAUUAUAGAUUUGAUAUUUAGAAAAGAUGCGUUCUAUUCCCAAAAAAGAUAUGUGGUAAAGAAUAACAAACUAAAAUUACACAUAUCUAAUGAUUUAAAAGGUGGUGUUCACUUCUCUUUGGUUGAUCCAAAACUGAAGAAGCUCGUAUUUUUUGAUUAAGAAUCCUAUAAGAAAAUGGAAGGCAUGCCUUUUGCUGAUACAUUCAUGGAUUAAGGAUUGUUAUUCCAAAACGGCAAGAGUUGGCAUAAAUCAAGACAAAUGUUAACUAAACAUUUCACAUAUCAGGAUCUAUUAGUGAUGGUAGAGACAUUAAAAUAGGAAUGCAAAAAACUCCAAUUGCAAGAUGGCCCCAUUGAUAUUCUGACUUUAUUGAAGUAAUUGACUAGCACAACCAUCACCAAAGCAUUUUUUGGAAGUGAAAACAAUGAUGUCUCAGAUUUGGGUGUUGAGGUCAAUAAAAAUAUGGAAAAGAUGAUGCUCUUCUUUUUAAAUCCUUUAAUUGUUUUGAGAUGUUUCGCAUUGAAACUCAAUAAGACCACAACUCCCUCAUUUUUAUUGUCCUCAGGUGAAAAGGCAUUUCUUAGAGAACUGUAAGCUUAAAAAUAACGAAUAACAUCUGAAAUAGAUAAUGGGAUCAAAAAAAUCAAAGAGAAUCAGACACUACAAGAUAACAUAUUAACCACCAUGUGUAAAGAAAUCAUUAACAACAAUAUUACCAAGGAAGAAGCCAUUCAUUAAUAUUUCACCCUCUUAAUUGCAGGCAUAGAUUCAACAAGUCAUGUAGUGAAGAACUUUUGUUAUGCCUUAGGUCUCUAUCCAGAAGUUCAAGAGAGACUCAGAAAGGAAAUACAAGGUUAUGUCUAAUAAUUCGAUGAUCUAAGACCACAACAACUAAGUCAAUUUAAACUAUUAGAUAACUUUAUUAAUGAAGCAUAUAGACACUAUACUGCAGUUCCUUCAUUGUUCAAUAGAAUUGCUCUUAAAGAUAUCUAAUUAGGAGAAUUCACAAUCUAAAAAGGAUAGAGCAUGGAUUUAAAUAUGAUGAUGAGUCAUUUUGACCCAGCUAUUUUUGAAAAUCCACUCAAGUUUGACAUUGAUAGAUGGAACUCCCCUUUAUUAGAUCCAUAUUCUUUCAGUCCUUUUUCAGCUGGUCCUAGAAAUUGUAUUGGAUAACACUUGGCAACUUUGGAAAUGAAGACUUUGCUUGUUUAUUUGAUUCUGAAUUACAAACUAGAAUUAAAUAGCGGUAAGAUCGUAUUAGGAUUGGCAAAUAUGUAUGGUCCAACACGCAGAGAUUUCUUAGUAUUGAAAAAUAUUAAUAAAUAAUUAUGAGUUCAAAUCCUUAUUUCUUGAUUCUUCAUCAUCAAUAUGAACAGGCUCUCCCAUUAUUGGUUAGUGAUGAUUAUGAGACUCUAGUAACCAAAUCACUAGUUCAAUAACAUCUUGGUUAAUAUGACGAUGCAUUGUCCACAUUGGAUAAAGCAAUCUAACUAAGCUCUGACAGAUCUGAAGCAUAUUAUAGAAAGGGUAGUCAGUGAAAUAAAUAAAGGAUUGAUAAACUUCGUUAGUGGAAAGAUCUAAUAAGCAAAGUUAGAUUUAAAAAAAAGCCUUGAACUCAAUCCAAAUCAUAAGGAAACCCAAUAAUAACUUUUGAAAUGUGAACUAGAACUAAAGAAUGCCAACUAACCAACUUAAGAAUUGUAAAGCAAAUAUGCAUUACUAGAAUAACCCAGCAAUUGAAAGAAAUCCCAAAGAAUUCUGAGGCUAAUAAAACAGAUAUCUAUUCUGCAUCUGGAAAAUUGAUGUAUAGAUGGUAUCAAACAGAUCUUAAGGUUGGCAUCGAAAUACAUCAUGCAUUACCCAAUAAUGCAGACUUAAAAUAUUAGUUUGAAAAAUAAAAGUAUUCAAUAUUUAACUUUUAGACUACAUGUAUAAUUUCCUAUUGGAUAGGGAAACAACUUUGAACUUGAUCUAGAGUUAUUUGAUGAAAUAAUUCCAGAAACAAGUAAGGCUAAGGUAGGGUUGCAAACAAUUGAAAUCAUUAUGGACAAGAAGGAUAAAACAUUGAAUUGGGGCGCUUUGCAGAAAAAGGUUGAGCAAUAAUAAUAAUAAAUUCAUAUUGCAGAAUAAGCAGCAUAUCCCAGUUCAUCAAAAAAAAAGAAGGAUUGGAGUAAAAUAGACAAAGAAAUUGAGGAGGAUAUCAAUAAGCACAAGGAAGAAUACGGUGAAGAUCCUUUGAAUAGUUUGUUUAAGUAAAUUUAUCAAAAUGGGGAUGAUAACACAAAAAAAGCUAUGAUAAAAUCAAUGUAAGGGUCAAGAGGAACAAUUUUGUAAUAAAUUGAAUGCAAUUAUUGUUUAGAUCAACUAAUUGGGAUGAAGUUAAAACAAAAGAUUAUGAGAGCAAGGAUAGACCAUCGCCUCCAAAAGGAUAAGAAUAUAAAACUUUAGGAUGA